UCUGUUUUUCCGGAAUAAUUCCGAAAUUUCGCUAGGUCUAUCAUUAAGUAAGUAUGACCUUCAAAAUUACACAUCUGUUAUAUUAUAAUUUACAUCAAACCUCCUUCCCAUAAAACACCAAACGUAAUUUAAAUACAAUUAUCAAAAGAAAAAAACUAAAUGUCAGUCAAUCCGUCACGGAGCCACCAUUUAACGUCUUAUUUCACUAAAUUAUCGACCAAAUUCAAGUAAAAUGGACUGACACAGAAAUUUCUCAAUUCGGGAACCCCAAACCCACUCAUGUUCGCUAUUCUCGAAACAAUUUAUACUAUUAAAGUGUUAAGGGGGUUCCCGGCACAUCUAAAAAAUAGUUGCAGCUUUAUUGUAGACAGGAUACCUGUAUUAUGCCAAGACAUUAGGAGUUAUUCAGACACACCGAAGAGUGAUAGUAAGAAAGCUGUGGUCAAAGUACAAGGCACAGACACCGAGCAGCGACUCCGCGUGCGUCUAGCCCGACCGUCGGAUGUGCCGCGAGUGUUGAAGUUCGUUCGCGAGCACGUUCGCGUUUGGCCUGGCCCGCUCGCACCUAAUAAUCUUGUUUUGGAUGACUACGUUGCUAGGACUUUAGCUCAAGGGCAUUCUAUGCUAGCAGAGCAGACUCCAAACGCAACCCGCUCUGAAAUCCUCGGCCUAGCUCUCGCCGCGGCUAUAUGUUCCUGGGACGCCGAUAUCCUAGAGCGUUGGGCAAGCUGUCUACGAUGUACGCGUUCAAAACGUCUGAUCAAUUUCUCGGCGCACUGCCUGAGGGCGCCGAAGUUACAUGAGAAUUAUGGAGUGGAGAGAAUCUUGCAGGUGACCCUAAUAGUGCCGCCGGACAAGCCGAAGAGUGCAGAAAUAGCCCAGGCUUUAGCCAAGAAUGCCAUCAAGCGUGGGAAAGACGCCGGGUUUCCGCUGGUACGGUUUGACAUCACUAAAGAUUCUGAUGCAAAAUCUUUGGAAGAACUUAAUCUGAAGAAGGAAUGGUUCGUCUCAUACAAGAUUAUUGACGUCGCUCUAAAAGAGGAUGCCCAAGGAUGCAAAAAGGACACUAAUAAGAAUGAAACAAGUAACGUGUCUUCUAGUAACUUCGUGUCUGUAUACACCGCCAAACCAUAGAGUCACAGAUGACCUCCGAUGGAGUAAGCAAAUGAACCCAGAUGAAAUCAGCAAGGAUUUCUACAGCAAUGCACAACGGAAAUCUGCGUAAAUUAAUAGCCACCAAUUAUUUGGUGGCUUGGUGACGGUUUGCUAAUAAAUCCCUUUUUUAUAA